ACUUUUUGUAAAAUCAUAUAUAAUAUAGAUAUAUAAUAUAUCUUUUUACAACAUAUAUACUCACUGCUAAUGGCAGCUGUUCAAACCAAACCUAUAUCCAACCACCGGUUCUCUACAUUCUUUUGGGACGAACAUGACCGAGGAGUGGACCUCAUUACUGAUCGAUUACGGACUGCAAGACAAACAUGUCAAGAUAUAAAGAAUCUUUACAAAGCAAGAGCAAACAUCGAAGAAGAAUAUGGUCAGCGUUUAUUAAAACUGUCCCAGUUCUCGAUCAAUACAGACGGCCAAGGAUCUUUUGCAGACGCAUUAUCGAAUAUUCCUAGUGCUAUUGAAACCACCGGUAGAGCCCACCUUGAUCUUGCCCAACAAAUCCAACAUCAUCUAGAACGUCCUCUUGAUGAUUUUUUAUCAGAACAACGAGAAUUGAAAAAGACUCAAUCAAACCAAAUUGAUAACGCGAGACAACUUAAAAAUCUUCAUCAGAACAAUGUUGCACGAGCAAAGGAAUACUGUAGCAAUGAAUACGCAAAGUUGAAUCAAUUAAAGAAACUCCUUACACAAGACACAGACAAUGAAGCCAACCAAAAGAUUCAACAGGAUAUUGAAGAACAGAGACACAGAGCAACCAUUACAGAUCAAGAGUACAGACGAACUGUAGAUAUAUUCAAUUCUGUCCGAGAAGAAUGGAUCCACAAAUGGUCUAUUGCCUGUGAUCUAU